CAGCAGAGGGCGGUCCGGACCCAAGUCUGCAGCGGCGCCAUUGGCGUGUGGAAAAUGCCACCAGAUGGCGGGUUAGGAUUGCAGCUCCUUUGAAGGCGCGGCCCCCGCUCCCGAACCCCCGGCGACCACCCCGUAACAACCCCCCCACAUCGGGAAUAACACACCGGAGACUUUUGGGGGGAAACUGGGUCGACGGACAGCGGCGCCCGGAUGGGUAGCUAAGAAAACUGAAGGUGGUUCACAAAGUACAGCCUAAUUUUCAGCAGAAUUACUAAAGAAAAGAUGAAAGUGGUAAAAGAUUUCAUCCUUGUAGGCAUUUAUGUAUGACAAGUCAAUUAAAAGUAGAAGACAGUUGCUUGGUGGACAUGGAAUCAGACCAAGAGGAAUUAGUUGCAUUAUCUUAAUGACUUGUGGAUACCCUCAUGGAUCUGUUCCCAGGAGGUAAAGGCAUAGCUGCGGUGCUGGAGAUUUUUGAUCUUUGAGAUCUUUUCUAGACUUCCUGUAGUCCCCAUCUUUCACCUGAAACAUUCCUUUGGAAUUGGUUAGAUAAAACUAUUGUACAGUUUGAACCAUAGCAAUAACUCCAUAGGGUUAAGCUUGAUUAUUAUAUUUUAAGCCUUUUUAUUAGAUUAUUUCAUUAUAGCUUCAGAUAUGCUGAUAACAUUCUUUCCUGAGAUUAAUGCCAUUAGUGUGUUAUUUUUUCCUAGAUCUUUUCAGCCGCCCCUUUUCUAUUUAUUUUAGUCAUUUAUUAUUUAUAGUUACUGACCAGUGUCACUCUAAGGACAAGCUAGACAGAGCCUAGAAAUAGGAAACAAUUUUUUUGUCAUGAGACUUCAAGUUAAGUAUAUAUAUUAGUAUGUGGGUGACUGAUUUGUUUACAUGAAGAUUUUUGAUAACUGUUUGCAUUAAGAAAUUUAGACACUUCCUUAGUUGAUCCCAAAUAUUGGGAAAAAAAUGACUGGAUUUACAUAGAGAUGCUGAGGCACACGUAGAUUUGCAAUUAAAGUACUUCAAGUACUUGAUUUUUUCCAUUUGGAACCUUUCUAAUAACCUUAAAGGAAAUUUGAAUUGUCAGGAGCAUUUCAUUUCCUAAAAUAAUAAUAAUGGUACUUUGCUAUAGGAGACCUAUUUGUGAAUUUCUGCCUAUCUUACUGAGUUUUUUAGUGUUUUUCUGAACAUAGACUCUUACAGUCUCUUUUAAAUCUUACGGAGCCCGCUAGUACCUUGGCGCUUCUUUUUGUCCCAAUAUAUCAAUAUCACCCGCUCCUGCCUUGUAUUUUCUUAUCUAGCCUAGAACAUUAUUUAACUCUUGAUACACGUUUAACUGCUUUGCACUUUUAUCUCCUCGUUACAUCAAACUGAAACCAAACCACAGAUCAGUCCAUCUUUCUGACUUGUAUGUACGUGGCUGUGAGUAUGAGCCAUCUCAAUACCUUCUGAGCAGAGCGAGAGAAAAUCACAACCUUCACAGACUGUAACCACUAAAAAUUCAUGCUCUUCAACCUAUCCUUCUUUGUUCUAGUCAGCUCUUUUUCAUUCCUCAUAGCAGUUACUUGAAAGUGUUUACUUUCUUGUAGCCCCCUGAUCUCACCACUUUUCUCUUUCACAGCAGAUUACCUCAUCUGUUCACUGAGCAAUUUGGAUUUAAUUAUUAUUGUAUUUCUGGAAGAUGUCAGAAGAUUGAAAUCUGUCUAGAUAUUGUCCUGAAAUUUGCUGUUCCCAGCCUUUACAAGCAUACAGCAAAUUAAGAUAUUGCCUUUGAGGUUGUUUUAAAAGUUUUGAGUUGUACACACUUCAUUCUUUGGCUCCCUUGUGGAUAGACCUCUCCAGAAAUGAUUACUUCAGAGUUACCAGUGUUACAGGACUCAACUAAUGAAACUACUGCCCAUUCAGAUGCUGGCAGCGAACUUGAAGAAACAGAGGUCAAAGGAAAAAGAAAAAGGGGUCGUCCUGGCCGGCCUCCAUCUACAAAUAAGAAGCCUCGAAAAUCUCCAGGAGAAAAGAGCAGAAUUGAAGCCGGAAUUAGAGGAACAGGCCGUGGAAGAGCUAAUGGGCACCCUCAACAGAAUGGCGAAGGGGAGCCUGUUACGUUAUUUGAGGUGGUAAAACUGGGGAAAAGUGCAAUGCAGUCUGUGGUGGAUGACUGGAUUGAGUCAUAUAAACAAGACAGGGACAUCGCGCUUCUGGAUUUAAUCAACUUUUUUAUCCAGUGUUCAGGAUGUCGAGGUACUGUGAGAAUAGAGAUGUUUCGAAAUAUGCAGAAUGCAGAAAUCAUCAGAAAAAUGACGGAAGAAUUUGAUGAGGACAGUGGUGAUUAUCCCCUCACCAUGCCUGGACCCCAGUGGAAAAAGUUUCGUUCAAACUUUUGUGAAUUCAUUGGAGUCCUGAUUCGACAGUGUCAAUAUAGCAUAAUUUAUGAUGAGUAUAUGAUGGACACAGUAAUUUCUCUUUUGACUGGUUUGUCAGACUCCCAGGUCAGAGCUUUUAGGCAUACAAGUACCCUUGCUGCCAUGAAGCUCAUGACUGCUCUGGUGAAUGUUGCCUUAAACCUCAGUAUUCAUCAGGACAAUACACAGAGACAGUAUGAAGCUGAGAGAAAUAAAAUGAUUGGAAAGAGAGCCAAUGAAAGGUUAGAAUUACUACUUCAGAAACGCAAAGAGCUGCAAGAAAAUCAGGAUGAAAUUGAAAAUAUGAUGAACUCUAUUUUUAAGGGUAUAUUUGUUCAUAGAUACCGUGAUGCUAUUGCUGAGAUUAGAGCCAUUUGUAUUGAAGAAAUUGGUGUAUGGAUGAAAAUGUAUAGUGAUGCUUUCCUAAAUGACAGUUACCUUAAGUAUGUUGGCUGGACUCUUCAUGACAGGCAAGGGGAAGUCAGGCUGAAGUGUUUGAAAGCCCUACAGAGUCUAUAUACUAAUAGAGAAUUAUUCCCCAAAUUGGAGCUGUUCACUAACCGAUUCAAGGACCGCAUUGUAUCAAUGACCCUUGAUAAGGAAUAUGAUGUUGCUGUGGAAGCUAUUCGAUUGGUUACUCUGAUACUUCAUGGAAGCGAAGAAGCUCUUUCCAAUGAAGACUGUGAAAAUGUUUACCACUUGGUGUACUCAGCACAUCGCCCUGUUGCUGUUGCAGCUGGAGAGUUUCUUCACAAAAAACUAUUCAGCAGACAUGACCCACAAGCAGAAGAAGCAUUGGCAAAGAGGAGGGGAAGGAACAGUCCAAAUGGGAACCUCAUUAGGAUGCUGGUUCUUUUCUUUCUUGAAAGUGAGUUACAUGAACAUGCAGCCUACCUGGUGGACAGUUUGUGGGAGAGCUCUCAAGAAUUGUUGAAAGACUGGGAAUGUAUGACAGAGUUGUUAUUAGAAGAACCUGUUCAAGGAGAAGAAGCAAUGUCUGACCGCCAAGAGAGUGCCCUCAUAGAACUAAUGGUUUGUACAAUUCGUCAAGCUGCUGAGGCACAUCCUCCAGUCGGAAGGGGUACUGGCAAGAGAGUGCUAACUGCCAAAGAAAGGAAAACUCAAAUCGAUGAUAGAAACAAAUUGACAGAGCAUUUUAUUAUCACACUUCCUAUGUUGUUAUCAAAGUAUUCCGCAGAUGCUGAGAAGGUAGCAAACUUGCUGCAGAUCCCACAGUAUUUUGAUCUAGAAAUCUAUAGCACUGGUAGAAUGGAAAAGCACCUGGAUGCUUUAUUAAAGCAGAUUAAGUUUGUUGUGGAGAAACAUGUAGAAUCAGAUGUUCUAGAAGCCUGUAGUAAAACCUACAGCAUCUUAUGCAGCGAAGAAUAUACCAUUCAGAACAGAGUUGACAUAGCUCGAAGCCAGCUAAUUGAUGAAUUUGUAGAUCGGUUUAAUCAUUCUGUGGAAGACUUACUGCAGGAGGGAGAAGAAGCUGAUGAUGAUGACAUUUACAAUGUUCUUUCUACCUUAAAACGGUUAACUUCUUUUCACAAUGCUCAUGAUCUCACAAAAUGGGAUCUCUUUGGUAAUUGCUACAGAUUAUUGAAGACUGGAAUUGAUCAUGGAGCUAUGCCAGAACAGAUAGUUGUACAAGCCCUGCAGUGUUCCCAUUACUCAAUUCUUUGGCAGCUGGUGAAAAUUACUGAUGGUUCCCCUUCCAAAGAGGAUUUGUUGGUAUUGAGGAAAACAGUGAAAUCCUUUUUGGCUGUUUGCCAACAGUGCCUCUCUAAUGUUAAUACUCCAGUGAAGGAACAGGCUUUCAUGUUGCUCUGUGACCUUUUGAUGAUUUUUAGCCACCAAUUAAUGACAGGUGGCAGGGAGGGCCUCCAGCCUUUGGUAUUUAAUCCAGAUACUGGACUCCAGUCGGAACUCCUCAGUUUUGUGAUGGAUCAUGUUUUCAUUGACCAAGAUGAGGAAAACCAAAGCAUGGAGGGUGAUGAAGAAGAUGAAGCUAAUAAAAUUGAGGCCUUACAUAAAAGAAGAAAUCUACUUGCUGCCUUCAGCAAACUUAUCAUUUAUGAUAUUGUUGACAUGCAUGCAGCUGCAGACAUCUUCAAACAUUACAUGAAGUAUUAUAAUGACUAUGGUGAUAUUAUUAAGGAAACAUUGAGUAAAACCAGGCAGAUUGAUAAAAUCCAGUGUGCCAAGACCCUCAUUCUCAGCUUGCAACAGUUGUUUAAUGAACUUGUUCAAGAGCAAGGUCCCAAUCUAGAUAGGACUUCUGCCCAUGUCAGUGGCAUUAAAGAAUUGGCACGUCGCUUUGCCCUUACAUUUGGGCUGGACCAGAUCAAGACACGGGAAGCAGUUGCCACACUUCACAAGGAUGGGAUAGAAUUUGCCUUUAAAUACCAAAAUCAGAAAGGACAAGAAUAUCCACCUCCAAAUCUGGCUUUCCUUGAAGUACUAAGUGAAUUUUCUUCUAAACUGCUUCGACAAGACAAAAAGACUGUGCAUUCAUACCUAGAGAAAUUCCUCACUGAGCAGAUGAUGGAAAGGAGGGAAGAUGUAUGGCUUCCACUCAUCUCCUAUAGAAAUUCACUGGUCACUGGAGGUGAAGAUGAUAGAAUGUCUGUGAACAGUGGAAGUAGCAGCAGCAAAACCUCAUCAGUAAGGAAUAAGAAAGGACGACCCCCACUUCACAAAAAACGAGUGGAAGAUGAAAGUCUGGAUAACACAUGGCUGAACAGGACUGACAGCACAAUUCAGACUCCUGGACCCCUGCCAGCGCCACAGCUUACUUCCACCGUACUACGAGAGAACAGCCGGCCCAUGGGGGAGCAGAUUCAGGAACCCGAGUCUGAACAUGGCUCUGAACCAGACUUUUUACACAAUCCUCAGAUGCAGAUCUCCUGGUUAGGCCAGCCGAAGUUAGAAGACUUAAGUCGGAAGGACAGAACAGGAAUGAACUACAUGAAAGUGAGGACAGGAGUGAGGCAUGCCGUUCGAGGUCUAAUGGAGGAUGAUGCUGAGCCCAUCUUUGAAGAUGUGAUGAUGUCAUCCCGGAGUCAGUUAGAAGAUAUGAAUGAAGAAUUUGAAGACACCAUGGUUAUUGAUCUGCCCCCUUCAAGAAAUCGGCGAGAGCGAGCUGAACUGAGGCCAGACUUCUUUGACUCUGCAGCUAUCAUAGAAGACGAUUCAGGAUUUGGAAUGCCUAUGUUCUGAAGUCUGAAGAAAUUUUACAAAUCUGGAACUCUAUUAUUUAGAGCUAGAGGCCUAUAUACUGUGAUAGCUUGUAUGGGGAAAAAACACUUUUGAUGUGAUCUGAUUUGUUUUUUAAUCAAAUGAUUGAGGUCAAUCCCUUUUUGCAGUGACAGAGAAGAGGAGCAUGUAUAUUACCCAAGGGAAUUCUGGCAAAUGUCACCCCAGAAAGACUGACCUGAAAAAUCAUUUGUGUCCUAACAUUGGACUUAUCCCAAAUACAGAUGAGUGUUUUUCUGGAGGGAGGAAGAAAUUUUAAAUUUUUAAAAACAGCUGUCAAGAUAAAAACACUGUUAUACACCUGUUUUAUGAAAACUCAGCAUUGAGUAAAAAAAAAAAAAAAAAAAAAUAUUUUUAACUUUAUUUUCCUGGUUGUACAAUUUAAAAACCGUUUUAACAUUUUUGCCUUUUUAUGUUUUAAGAGCUAAUCAUUUUUAUUAAACGUACGAGUAAACAGCUCAUCUUAAUUGCUGAAGAGUGUUUUGGAGCUCAGUGGAUCUGGUUGACCUUGUGGAGCACAGAAGUAUGGAGAAGCAGAACAUUGGAAAAGCAAAGAUGAAAUUCUGACACAAUGCAUCUCUGCCAAAAACCACAAACCCUCUGUGGAUAUGGAUAUAAUUGCCAGAUUUUAUAUACUCUUGAAUAAAAAGGUUUAUUUUUAUUUAUAAUGGGGCAUAAAAUAAGAAAUGUCCAUGCAGCCAUUUUUCCAACAGAUGCUGUACACCAUUCGUUUUAUAUAGAAUAGGGAGAUUCAAAUACAGUACAUUUUCUAUUGGUAUUUGUUCUGUGCGUUUUUAGCAACUUCUACCAGCAAAUAAAGUAUUCUCAGUGAAACAAAUGGCUCUCAAGUGAUCGGUUUGCUGUUUUUAUCACUUAUUUCAUGCCCUGCCAAAUUCAAAUGACACAGACUUCCGUCUUCUUGAGAAGAUAAUCAUGAAGAAACCCUAGUCACUUUGCCAUUCAAAAGUGAUUUUAAGUGUAACAUAAAUGUGUCUACUUCCCAUGCACUUAAUACCCUUACGCGCUAAUUUUGUGAAUUAAUUUUACCAAUUAUAGAAGUAUGUGCUGCAUAGAAGUCUGUGCUUAGAGGGUGAAGUUUUUAAGCUUACCUUGAAUACAGCAACAUCUCAGUGUUAAAUGUGCAUAUUAAGAAUAAUUCUUUUGGGGAGAGAAAUUACGAAUCUUCAGGACAGUCUUCAAUGGUUUAGAGUUACAUUCUCUUUUUAGAGUUUUAUGACUUGCUGCUAAUUGUUUUUAAAAGCCCACUUAGUUUCUUCCUUUCUGAUUUUUAAAGUAAGCCUCGGAGUUUCCAAACCAAUCCAUCCACAGCUGUUUCUGGGCUGGUUUUUAAAGUAGCUGCAACAGAAUCAUGAGGCUUUCUCUUUUUACCAAAAACGAAAAGCAUUUAAAAAAAAAAAUCUAUACACUCAAUGAUUAACCUUUUGUGAGGGAAAACAAAAUUGAUGGUUUCAGUCAUCCUUUAGUAAAACAGACGACAAAACAGAUUUUUUGUCAACAUUUGUACAGUUCUGGAAAAACUUGGUCAACAAAAAAAUUUCCUAAAUCAGCAAUUUUUAGAGGGGCUGUGGUGUCACUAGCUUCCAGAAAUAUGGACUUCACUGGAAGAGAAGGGUCAGGAAUGACUGGACUUCCCAUCAUGUAGCCCUGCGUGUGGUUCUGGCCAGGGAACAAGUCAUCCAGUCUCCUGGCACAUCCACAGACUAGUCUUGACAGUCCCGUAUGGAAAACAAAUGCUGACUUUAGAAUUGUAGACUACAGUGCAACAAAGAAAGGCUCAAUAUCUACUCCAAUGGGUUUCCAGUUCAGUUUGAGUCAAUCGAAUUUUUGUAUUUUCAGUGUCUCCUUGAUUGGUUUUGCUAGUAAUUCUGUAAAUUGUACAUUUGCAAUACGAGGUUUUUUUUUCCUUUUGUACAAUUUGAAACUGAUGCUUCACCUUUCCUUUAAUAAACUAUUCCAAAUCAGG